GAAUGUAUAAUGCAACUACAGGAUCGUCAUUUCGUGACUACUCAAUUUGAACAGCUUUUGUUCUUUCAAUUUUUGCUUAGAAUUUAUUUAUUCUUUCAAUUUCAACAGCUUGUUGCAUUUUGUUGCUGUAAGCAUUCUAUCUGCAAUUUCAAAUAAUUGCUACAAUACGACACAAAUUGGCCGAAUUGAAUUGAAAUAUAUCGGUUUGGUUCAGUUCGGUUCAAUCAACACUACGGUCCAGGUCGGUUGAUAAAUAUAAUUAAUUCCGUUCGAAAUCGAACCUACUGAUUGUACAUCCCUACAAUCCUCCACCUUCUAUGUAAGCAUGCAUAGCUUUUUAGCGCUCCCUGGUGAAAGAUUUCAGUUGCUAAUUCGAAAGCUGAUUCUAUAACUAGAUUUGUAUGAGGGAUUGACAAUAACCAGUCAAAAGGUUUGAAGGAAAUUCUUAUCUACAUGGGCAGUAAAACUGUUGGGAGGAAAGGGCAUGAGGGAGAGAAAAUGAACAAUGGAAUGCAUUCCUCGAAGGAUGUAAAUGCUUGUGCAAAUUCAUCAGUUGUGAGUACAGGGGAAGGUUUGACUUUGAGUAAUGAGCAUAAGAAAAAGAAGACUAAGAGGCAUGAGGCUAAUGGUGAUGACGUUGAGCUAAGUGCUACUGAUACUGGGGCUGUUGGCCUAGAUGGUGACAUAGAUCUAAGUAAUCAUGAGAUAGAGAAGAAUAGGAAGAAGAAGAAGAAAAGGAAAUCAAAGAAGAUUAAUGCUGAAUCUGAUGUAGUAUCUCAGAAAGUUAGGAAGCGAGACAAGGCAUGUGAUGGUGGUUGGGAAAUUGGUGCAAGUAAAGAAAAUUUGAAGGAGGGUCGCACUGGAGUAGGGGAGAAGGUGAGCUUGCAGAAGGAUGGCAAGAAGUAUAUGGAGCGCAAUUUUGAGUCCGGAGUACUAAAAUAUAGAAAAAAGAAGCACAAGGAGAAAAAGAGCAAAGAUAAAAAUGAAAAUGGAAGAAAUCACCUGGAUGAAAAUAUCAUGGACCAUGAUGAGUCUGCGAGGAUGGAGAGGAAGCAAAAGAAGCAGCAGCUUAUUGUUAAUUUGGAGGCUAAAUCACUGAAACUCAUGGCUGAAACACCUGGUAAUUUUAGCAAUGCAAUAGAGGAAAAUGGAGGUAAUAUAGAUUCAGGUGAAGAUGAAAACCUAGGUGCUCAUGCUUUUAAUGCAGAAGACGGAAGAAAAGAUGAAAAGAAGAGAAAGAAACGAAAAAGAGAUAAGGAUGUUAGUGAUACAGGGACAAUGAUUAAUGAAAUUAAUCAAAAAGAUGUUGGAAAUAUUAUGGAAAAGGUUCAGCAUUCAAGGAAGAAGAGUAAAAAAAGGGAAAAACAUAAUGUUGAUUUGGCAGCUGCAUUGCAGGAGAAAAUGAAUGGGAAAUUAGGUAGUAAAAGUAAUCCAAUGGGAGAAAAUGAAGGUAAUGAAUAUUCAAUUGAAAAUAAAGUGGGAGGUGGAAAAAUAGAAGACCAUACUGUUAAGAAAGUCAAGAAGAAGAAGAAGGUCAAGUCAGUUGUAAAUGGUUCAGAAGGAAAAGGUAGUGAUAGAGAACAGAGAAUGGGCAAAGGUGUCGAGGGUACCAAUCCAUUGGAAAAGUCUACACUGAAAGGGACAUCUAAGAGAGUAAGUUUUUCUGAAGAGGUGGAGGUUUUCCCUUUAUCUGAUGAUGGUCCAAGCAGUAAUACUGUUCAGAAAGAGGAAAUGGUGCGAGGGAAGCGAUUCUCACAUGAGGAAGAUGAGAUGGUUAAAGAGGCUGUUUUGAACUACAUGGAUGCUCAUGGAUUAGGUGAAGAAGGCCUACAGAUGGUUCUGAGCUGUAAAAAGUACCCUGAACUUAAAAAUUGUUGGAAGGAAAUAGGGGCAGCCUUACCUUGGAGGCCUUAUUUGAGUGUCUAUAAUCGAGCCCAUAUCUUGUUUGAAAGGGAUGAAAAAGGAUCUUGGACCCCAGAAGAGUAUGAACUCGUGCAUAAGUUUCAUGAGAAACAUGGUUCUGAUUGGAAAACUUUGGCUGAAGCACUUGGCAAACACAGGAUUCAUGUGAAGGAUACAUGGCGGAGAAUAAAAGUUAUCAAUAGGAGAAGGGGAAAGUGGUCCCAAGAUGAGUACCAGAAUUUAUUUGAUUUGGUGAACAUGGAUUUGCGUAUGAAAGCUUGUGAGGAAAUGAAAUCAUCCAAACAUGGAAUGUUGCGAGAUAAUAUCUGUUGGACAGCAAUCAGUGAGAAGUUGGGGACUAGAGCUACUCCCAUGUGCUGCAUGAAAUGGUAUCACCAGUUAACUUCACCUAUGGUAGCUGAAGGUAAAUGGCUUGAUGUAGAUGACUACCAUCUUGUGAUUGCACUUUAUAACUUGGACGCUUGCUGCAUUGAAGAUGUAGACUGGGACAAUCUUUUGGAUCAUAGAUCUGGUGAUUUGUGCCGAAAGAGAUUGAACCAAAUGGUCAAACACAUUGGGGAGCAUGGGAAUAAGUCAUUUGCUGACCAGGUUGAAAUUCUUAUAGAGCGAUACUGCCCAGACGUGCUUGAAGCAAGAGAGGCUUAUAAUAGCAUACCUGUAGUUCCCUGAGUUUAUGGUCCUUUUUUCCUCUUUUUUUAGGUUCUUUUGUAAUGUUCUGAAGCCUAAAGAUGUUGCAAUCUGCAUAUCUACACGGGGUUGGGAACAUUGGGUUGUUAUGUACUGGUAUAAAGUUUUUCGUGGCCCCGGUUUAGUUUGGGACUGAUAUUAGUCUGAUUAUAGGAAUAUCAUGUUGCAAAAAGAAAUUGAUUGCACAAGCUCAGAAAAUCUUUUAUGAUUC